AAGGGCGUUGCCGGAGAGUUCCGAAAAUGUCCGAGCGGGCUUGCUGCCUUCGUCGGGAAUAGCCGACGGUCUACGAAGAAGCUGGAGGCUCUUGAAGUCCCUGGAACUGGGGUUAAAUAGUGCACGCACUCACAGGUUCAUUUGUCAGACAGAUGUGUACUGAGCACCCAUACUGUGCCAAGCAUUGGGUGGCCAUGUUGGAAAGAAGCCGCUGAGGAAGGGGACUUGGGGGGGUCUCUGGAGCGAGACUUGUUCGGAAAUCCGACCGUGGAGUUCCUGGGACACAUGAAGGCCCUCCCUAGCGGAAGGCUUCCGAAGGGCCCCGAACGGUUGGCGACUGGCUGGCGGAAAUAGCCGAGCCUUGACGAGCUGCCUCGGAGGCGGGGGGAGCCGACCUCACGCGCGUGCCCAGACAGGAAGCGGAAAUGCGUGUCGGUAUUAAAGGCGUCGUCCCGCCCCCGGCUUGUCUCUUUCCGUCUCCGGCCGCCGCACCGAGUGGAGUCGCCGCCAUGUCCGCGCAUCUUCAGUGGAUGGUCGUGCGGAACUGCUCCAGCUUCUUGAUCAAGAGAAACAAGCAGACGUACAGCACCGAGCCGAAUAACCUGAAAGCGCGCAACUCCUUCCGCUACAAUGGGCUCAUUCACCGCAAGACCGUGGGUGUGGAGCCGGCGGCGGACGGCAAAGGAGUCGUGGUGGUGAUGAAGCGGAGAUUCGGCCAGCGCAAGCCGGCCACUUCCUACGUGCGGACCACCAUCAACAAGAACGCCCGGGCCACCCUCAGCAGCAUCCGGCACAUGAUCCGGAAGAAUAAGUACCGCCCGGAUUUGCGCAUGGCCGCCAUCCGCAGAGCCAGCGCCAUCCUGCGCAGCCAGAAGCCCGUGAUGGUAAAGAGGAAGCCGAGCCGCCCCACCAAGAGCUCCUGAGCCUCUGGCCUCCCUUCCCCAGAGCAAUAAAGCUGUCAGCCGCUGCCUCCA